AUGCGCAAUUUGAAAAACGUGCGCCUCGCAGAGGUGCAGCUCCAAAAUGGACUUCCUCUAACAGCAACAGCUUGGGAUACAGCUUCCGAUGCUGUCAUUUGCACAUUUGGCCCUACGCCCACAAACCCUGUCAUCGAGCUCCGGAGAAAACGCGCGGAUGUGUAUUUCUCGGAUGCCGUGAGCCCAGAUGUCUUUGACACUAUCGCAUCUUGGGAUGCACCAUGUCCGCUGCCACAUCUUGAUUGUGAUCACGUUCUCUCGCUACAUUACUUCGCGGACACUCUGACGGCAUGCCUUGUCCUGGAAGGAGGUGACAUUAUCGUUGUCCGUGAAGAGCCCCUCCCUGGAGAGGAUAAGAUCGAGAUUGUGGGCUCGGUCGAUGUUGGCAUUACGGCUGCCGCCUGGUCGCCUGACGAGGAACUGCUGGCUCUUACUACCUCAGCCCAUACAUUUUUGUACAUGACUAGGGAGUUUGAGAAUGUCGCCGAGAUCACUUUUACUCCUGAUGACCUUAAGGCGUCGCAGCAUGUCUCCGUGGGCUGGGGAAAGCGUGAGACGCAAUUUCAGGGAAAGAGAGCCAAGGCUAUGCGAGACCCAACUGUUCCGGAGAAGGUGGACGAGGGGAAGCUCAGCGGUAAUGAUGACGGUAGGACAACUAUUACAUGGCGCGGAGACGGCGCCUUUGUUGCGGUGAAUAGCAUCGUUGAAGGGAUUCGUCGUGCAAUCAGGGUCUACUCCCGUGAGGGAACUCUGGAUAGCGUGAGUGAGCCAGUUGAUGGCCUAGAAGGGGCUCUCAGUUGGAGACCGUACGGAAAUCUCAUUGCCGGCAUUCAGAGGCUCGAUGACCGGAUUGAUGUGGUCUUUUUUGAAAGAAACGGCUUGCGACAUGGCCAGUUCACUCUUCGUUUGACCGAAGAGGAGCGAUCUACGUGGGCAUCAAACAUUCAUCUGAGCUGGAAUGUGGACUCAACAGUUCUUGCAGUACAGUUCAAGGACAGAAUUCAGUUUUGGACCUCGGGCAACUACCACUACUACCUGAAACAGGAAAUUCCUGUGAUAGUAAGCUCUGAGGGCCCCUUUGCGUACAAAUGGCACCAUGAAAAAGCUUUGCGUUUCGUUGCAGGAGCCUCUGAUUUAAUUCAGACUAAUGGUUCUGCAGAGUCAAUCUUAGACGGCGAGUUUGUUUUUAAAGUUUUUCACGGUUCAACCACUCCUCCUAAUGAUGUUGGAGCUGUUGCUGUUAUUGAUGGAAAAACUCUGAAGUUGACGCCUCUGAAACUAUCCGGCGUUCCGCCCCCUAUGGCUCACAAUGAACUUCCUCUUGAUGCCAAUGCUAUUGAUGUAGCGUUUAGCAAGUCUGGGACAAGGAUUGCUGUUCUAAUGAACGAUCACUUCUCUGUUUAUCUAUGGUCCCUCAAAUCCAGACCGGUGCCUGUUCCGAUCCUGGAGUCCAGCUAUCCCUUAUCCGGUGAAAUAGGCAGUCGGCCUCGUCAGAUUACCUUCCUCAAUGACAAUGAAGUCUACAUCCUCCGCAGCAGAGGACCGAACAAUACCUGCAUCGAGCGGACCACGUUGGAGACCCGUGAAACCAAGGUCGUUUACGAGGCAGCAGACUCUGAGCACCUGCUUACCAUGUUUUCAAGCUUAGGGCACGAAGCCCUGUGGUUCUCUCAUGUUCCUCGACCAGGCCAGUCAAUUGCCUACUCUACCAUCACAAUGCCAUCAUCCAACGAAUCACAGGUCACACCUUGGGCCCAAAGCCCUGUCGCUGACACAUACUGGGCCAAGAGUGCUCAAAUAUCUGAUGAUGAGGUAGGCCUCGUUUUGAUUUCCUUAUCAAGAACAGGGGGCUUAUAUGCGAACAAGAAGCUGCUUGCAAAGAAUUGCACUUCUUUCCUCCUUACCUCGUCCCAUGUUAUAUUCACCACCUCUCUACAUCUUCUCAAGUUCGUUCAUCUCCGCCGGGCUGAAGACAUGGAGGCGCCUCCUGACACUCCCGAGACGGAUGAACGUUGUAGAAGCAUUGAACGUGGAUCACGCCUAGUCACUGUAAUGCCUUCCGCAUUCGCAGUUGUUCUCCAAGCUCCUCGAGGCAACAUCGAGACUAUUUAUCCACGAGCCCUCGUGCUAGCAGGAAUUCGAUCCUUCAUUGAUAAGAAGGACUACCGCUCUGCUUUCCUCACCUGCCGCAGCCAAAUGGUAGACAUGAAUCUUAUUCAUGACUACGCCCCCGAGCAGUUCAUGGAAAGCAUUACACUAUUCGUCGACCAAGUCAAGAGGGUGGAUUUCGUGGACGAAUUCCUUUCUCGCUUGAAAGAAGAAGAUGUCUCGCAGACGCUCUACAAGGAUACGUUGAAAGCACUAGACAUGGAAGUUGCAGCGGAAACCGGUUUUACCAUGACAGGAAAGAAAGGCAGCAAGGUUAACCGAAUUUGUGAUGGGUUCCUAACCGCCCUGGAGAAGCGUUCAGAUACUAAUCUGCACAACCUCAUUACGGCGCAUGUUUGCAAGCUACCACCAGACCUCGAAUCCGGUCUCCAAUUAGUAGCGCGUCUGAGAGAGGAGAGUCCUGAACAAGCAGAAGACGCUGUGGAACACAUGUGCUUCCUGACGGAUGCGAACCGGCUCUACGAUACUGCGCUAGGUCUCUAUGAUCUUGAACUUACUUUGCUUGUAGCCCAACAAGCGCAGAGGGAUCCCCGCGAAUACCUUCCAUUCCUCCGGAAGCUGCAGCAACUCCCAGAUCUGCGUCGAUUCUUCGAAAUUGACAACUACCUAGGAAGGUGGCAGAAGGCACUCGGCCAUCUUCAUGGGUUGCAUGCCCACGACGAGCUCCGCGAAUACGUGGUCAAGCACGUCCUAUACAAAGAUGCCAUUGAUAUUUACAAAUAUGAGCCUGAACAGCUUCGCGACAUAACCCACCUCUACGCAGACCACCUGUACCAGGAAUCCCAGUAUAAAGAUGCAGGAAUUGCCUAUGAAUCCCUCUCUAUGUACACAGACGCCUACAAAUGCUACCAACUCGCACACCUCUGGCGCGAAUCCCUCUACACCGCGAUGCUCGUUCCCCUUUCCCAAGAUGAGCUAACAACCCACGCCACCGACCUUGCCACAACCCUGGUUGAGGAAAACAAGGACUACCUCGCCGCUUCUCAAAUUCACGCUGAACAUCUUCAUGAUAUCCCUACCGCUGCUCGCCUCCUCUGCCGCGGCGCCCGCUAUUCCGAAGCGACUCGCCUUCUCACCCUGCACAGCGUGCAGUCCCUCAUCCCGGAGAUUGUGGACGUCGCUCUCGCAGAUGCCAUGGGAUCAAUGACAGACCUGCUUGCGGACUUCCGCUCCCAAUUGCAGGCACAGGUUCCUCGAAUCGCGGAGCUACGUGUGCGUCGUAUCCAGGAUCCAUUGGCAUACUUUGGCGGAGACCCCACUGCCACUGAUGGGGCUGCGGGUGUGGAUAUUCCCGAUAACGUCUCUCUAGCAGCAACGGAUGCCUCGACCUUAGCCGGCAAAUCUAUGUUUACUCGGUACACGGGCAAGACGUCGUCCGGUAAAACAACAUCCUCGCGUCAGAGUUCUCGCAACCGGCGCAAGGAAGAGCGCAAGCGGGCCCGUGGAAAGAAAGGAACUGUCUACGAAGAAGAAUACCUGGUUAACAGUGUGCGACGACUGAUUGAACGUGUUGGCACGACUGUUCCCGAAGUGGAGAAUCUGGUUGAUUCCCUGCUGCGCAGGGGGAUGAGGGAGCGUGCUGCGGCGAUUGAGAAGGCUACGAGAGAUGUUUUGAAGCUGUGUGAGGAAAGUCAGGAGGAAGUUUUCAUUGUUCAACAGAAGCAACAGCUAGAAGAGGGAGAAAAUGGGGAGCAGGGUGGUGAGGCAGUGAAUGGGCCUGUGGAUGUUCCAAUGCCGCAAGGCGGGCAGAGAGUGUUUUGGGAGAGUAUUGUGUCUACUCUGGGAGGUGGGAAAGGUCAGGAGCCGCCGAAAAUCAAGGAGAUGAAGAAGUCAGCAUUGUUGAGUUAG